GCAACUUGCUCAGUCACACAGGGACAGAUCAGGCCCGAAAAGAGAAUGGCAGCUGUGGGCAGCCUACGUAGCUUGCUACCGCAGAGCAUUGUGAAGGCAGCUGCAUCCAGACCCCGAUGCCUGCACACUUCCAAAAGCUGGGCAGACAGCAGCAGGGCUGCACUCACUCGCCUGCACCGCCAGGCCUAUACACGCCUCUACCCAGUGCUUCUUGUCAAGCAGGACGGUUCCACCAUUCACAUCCGCUACCGGGAGCCAAGACGCAUGUUGGCAAUGCCCCUGGACCUGGACACCCUGUCCCCUGAGGAGCGCCGGGCCAGGCUCCGGAAACGAGAGGCCCAGCUCCAUCACAAGAAAGAGGAGGAGCCAGAGCUCACUGAUGACUUUGAUGCCGAGCGAUACAGACAGUUUUGGGCCAGGACCAAGAAGUAACUGUGGCUUGAAGUUGCUUUAGGGACGUUGUGUAGACAGAGGGAGAUCUCCUGUAAAUG